AUGGGUGCCUUUGUGGAGAAUCUUGGAGUGUGCACGAUUACCCGAGCAGAGAUUAUGGCAGCUAUCCGUGGCUUGCAGAUGGCGUGGAAGAACGGGCAUAGGAAAGUUCUACUCCAAUUGGACUCCACUACUGCCAUCAACAUACUUACCUCGCAGGAUCAGACGGAGCACAGGUACCAUAAUCUGGUUUUCCAGUUUCAGAGAUUGCUCCAGCAGAACUGGGAAGUCAGAAUUUCCCACAUCUAUAGAGAAAGUAACAAAGUGGCGGAUUUCCUUGCCAAUAAAGGCCACUCUACUAGUAUAGGUUUUCAUGUUUUAGCGAGUCCAGACCCUGGUCUGUCCUUCUGGAUUCUGUAUGACGUUUUGGGUAUCUCCCAAACCCGGUUAAUUUAA